GUUUAGGUAUGUUGUAAUGGAAAUGCUCUUCCGAGUUUGAAAGUUGGUAAUGUGGAGCCAAAGAAAAGGCCCUUAAUCGAAACAAAAUAUGGAUUUGAGGGCUCCGUGAAAUUUGUCCUUUUGGAUUACAGAAAUGAGGAUCGUCCUUCUCUGUAUACACUUGUUAUUUAAUAAUCCCCAUUCAAACAACAAUACCAUUCCAGCUUUUACCCAAAUCCGCCAUUUCCGCCUGAGUCGAAGCUUCUCUUAAUGGCCUUCUUUACUUUCACCAUCCACACUCUUCUCUUCCUAUUCCUAUUUUGCUUUCCCUUCUUUUCUGGUGCGAACUGCGGAGUUCAAACCGACGCCAUUGUCGGCUCCUCCCAGCAUUUCGUGCCAUUUCCUAAAACCUCCCAUUUCAAAUAUGGGUUUCAAAGGAUUCUUCUCAGCGUCGCCUUAGGGGUCGUCACUGGACUCACUGCCGCUUUUCUCUCUGUUUUGUUCAUUCGCAGCCUUCUGGAUUACCUAAACAGAACCCCACUUCUCGAAGGACCCCUAAUUUUUUGCCCAAAAAUCGACGCCCAUGCUCUUCAAUCAGCGCUGCUGAACCAAACCCAGUUGUUGGGUUCGAGUUCCAGCCCAAAUGGGAAGUGCUACAGGGCGAUUCUCGCGAAUGGGUUCACGGUGACUGUGAAGAGGCUCGAACCCAUUCAAUGUGGAAGGAGGGAGACACGGCGGCGGAUGCAGCAGCAGAUGGCGGUGCUGGGUGGUUUGAAGCAUCGGAAUGUGAUGAGUUUAAGGGCUUACGUCAGCGAAAUAGGAAGCUGCUGCUUGGUUUAUGACUUUGUGGCUACUGGGUCUCUUGAGGAUGCAAUGAGGAAAGUGAGAGAGAAUCAACUGGAACUCAAAUGGGAAGUUCGGCUGCGAAUUGCCGUUGGGAUUGCUAGAGGGCUUCAGUUUCUUCAUUUUGAAUGCAACCCUCGAAUUCUUCACUGCAAUUUGAAGCCUUCAAAUGUGCUGUUGGAUGCAGAGUUCGAACCAAGAUUGGCUGAUUUUGGGUUAACAAAUCUCAUCCCUGAUUUUCAUACUCCAGCUUCUUUGUACACUGCUCCCGAGUGUCUUAACAACUCCAGGUUUACUGACAAAAGUGACAUCUAUAGCUUUGGGGUUAUACUGAGAGUUCUGUUAACCGGUAGAGAUCCAUCGGAGACUGAGCAGGCAUCGUCAGAUAGAGGGGAUGGCAGUGGCAGUGGCAGUGGGGGAAGUUUAGGGCGGUGGCUUGAGCAAUCAGUGGAGCCACGAGAAGUUCUAGAUAAAAGCAUUAGAGGAGAAGGAAUGGAAGAAGAAGAAGAAGAGAUGGUGUUGGCAUUGAGAAUUGCUGGUGUGUGCACAUCAGAAUUGGCUGAGGACAGACCUUGCAGCGAUGAAUUACUUGUGAUGUUGACUCAAUUACAGAGCUUUUAAAGUAGUUGUAAGCAUAUUCUCCGGCCACCAUUGAUUGCAGAUAAAGUUGAUGGAAAGAAAGAAGAAAAGGGGAGGGGCCAAACUGCAAAGGCAAGGUCUUUAAGGGGGGUGGCAUUAAUUUGAGUUUGUCCUUGUACUCAAAACUCAUACCCUUAUGUGGGACCCCAAGCCCAACCAAACAUGCUCCAUAAUAGCAGCAGCUCAGCCAUACUCUGACCAAAAAAUGUGUCUUACCUAUCGCCUGUCUCACAUACUGCACCUCCCUAACAAUGCCUUCGUCAUUAUAGAACUUUUCUUUUUCUUGGACAGUCUUUUAGUAAUACUUAAGGAUGAAAAACCAAAUGUUUGUCAUAAUAUUGUUUCUUUUCUGCAAUUGACAUGCAAGUUAAAAUUU